ACACCAUGGUGAACACGACGUCGUCCAUGGCGAGAUCGCCGCUGGUGGUGGCGCUGCUCCUCUCCCUGUUCUUGCUCUCCUCCCUCGCGUCGAGUGCGGUGGGGUGGAGCAGGAGGGGGGAGGAGGAGGAGGGGGACGACGAGCGGCGCCGCGGCCGGCACGGAGAGGGAGGCCGGCCGUACCACUUCGGGGAGGAGAGCUUCCGGCACUGGACGCGCACGCGGCACGGGCGGUUCAGCGUGCUGGAGCGGUUCUCCGACGAGCCGCUGGUGGGCGCCGUCGGGGACUACCGCGUCGCCGUCCUCGAGGCCGCGCCGCGGGCGUUCCUGCAGCCCAGCCACUACGACGCCGACGAGGUGUUCUACGUCAAGGAAGGGGAGGGUGUGAUCGUGCUGCUGCGGGAGGGGAGGAGGGAGUCGUUCUGCGUCAGGGAGGGCGACGCGAUGGUCAUCCCCGCCGGCGCCAUCGUCUACUCCGCCAACACCCACAGCUCCAAGUGGUUCCGCGUCGUCAUGCUGCUCAACCCCGUCUCCACGCCCGGCCGCUUCGAGGAAUACUUCCCCGUCGGCGGCGACCGGCCGGAGUCGUUCUUCAGCGCCUUCAGCGACGACGUUCUGCAGGCGGCGUUCAACACUCGCCGGGAAGAAUUGGAGAAGGUGUUCGAGAGGCAGCGGGAGGGCGGCGAGAUCACGACGGCGCCGGAGGAGCAGGUACGUGAGCUGAGCAAGUCGUGCUCCCGCGGCGGCGGCUCGGGUUCCGAGUGGGAAAUCAAGCCGUCCAGCCUCACCGGCAAGAGGCCGACCUACUCCAACAACCACGGAAAGAUGUUCGAGAUCGACGGCGACGAGUGCCGCCACCUCCGGAAGCUCGACAUGCUGGUCGGCCUCGCCAACAUCACCCGCGGCUCGAUGAUGGCGCCGAGCUACAGCACCCGCGCCACCAAGGUCGCCAUGGUCCUGCAUGGGAGCGGCUACUUCGAGAUGGCGUGCCCGCACGUGUCCGGCGGCCGGUCGUCGGAGCGCCGGGAGCGCGAGCGUGAGCAGGGCAGGAGGGAGGAGUGGGGCAGAGAGGAGGAGGAGCAGGAAGAGGAGCAGCACGGCGGCCGGCAGCAGAAGGCGAGGCGGUACCACAAGGUGAGGGCGCAGGUCAGGGAGGGGUCGGUGAUCGUGAUCCCCGCGGCGCACCCGGCGACGUUUGUCGCCGGCGACGACGAGAACCUCUCCGUGCUCUGCUUCGGCGUCGGCGCCAACUACGACGACAAGGUGUUCCUCGCCGGCCGGAACAGCCUGCUGAGGCAGCUCGACGACCCGGCCAAGGCGCUCGUGUUCGGCGGCUCCGCGGCGAGGGAGAUGGUGGACCGCGUGCUCGCCGCGCAGCCGGAGCAGAUCUUCCUGCGCGGGCCGCACGGCCGCGGCGGCGUCUCCGACGCGUAAUCGCGCCGCCGACGUGACGACGUCCCUUGCAGCCGGCGCGGGGGCGCGAGUCCGUACGUCGAGCAAGCUGUGUGAUCGAGAGGAAUAAUGAUACGCUACACGUAUGCGCCCGUAGCGUACGGUACGGAUACGGUACUGCACUACGUGUACGUCAGUACGUGUAGCCAAGGGACGCCUUAUGUACGUAUAUAUGUACGUGACUACGUAUUAACGCAUGUGUAUUAUCCGAGGUAUGUGGUAUCGAUGCAACUGUACGA